AUGUCCCUGCUGGACUACUGGGACACCCUGCGGCCGUCGGUCAAGCGCAGAAAAACUACGGCGGAUGAUACGGACGACGCUACUGGUCUCAGCGAUGCUGUUACUGGCCGGAAAGAUGGGUUAGAGAUACCGGAGACGCCUUUGGUUAACCCAGAUGUGGAGGACACUGCGAGUACAUCGUAUCUAGGCCAAGAGCCAGAGGGAGGUGAACUUCCCUUUCCUGGAAGCCAGACGGAACUCGAGUCUUCACUGCCCGCUAUCGAUACGGAUAGCCAUGCAAUCGAGGAAUAUGAAGCCUCUCAGUCCAUCCCAGAUCACGAGGAAGAGCCCGGGCUACGGGAACGGCUGCAGGAUGGCAAGUGGCGGAAGGGGAAGAGCUCUAUUUACGUGGAUGCAUUCAAUCUAGCGCUGGAAACUGUGCUAGAUGAGGAGGCGCAUCUAUUCGACGAUGCUGAGAUGGAGGUCUUCAAGCAGUGGAAGGAGUUAUCGUAUGAAUCACAGUAUCUAUACGUGCGACUCUUCCUCCGAAAGACCUCAGCCUGGCACCGGAUCAACCGACUAGGCUACUACUCCGACAUCUCAGACCUCACAAGCGCCGUAAACGACCUCCAACGCACCCGUACCCUCCCCAUAAACUCACCCCCCGCAACCUCACCCCACCCCAACACCCCCAAACUAGGCACCAAGUUUCACUUCGCCGACAAAACAGACCAAAUCACCACCCUAGAAGAAGCCAGCUCCCUCCUCCUACUAGACGAACUCAAAACCCUUGCCAAAGACGCCAAAGUGCAAGGCAAAAGCAAAAAAGACCUUCUAACCGCCCUCCACCGCGCCAGCCAACAACAAACCGGCCUCGACUGGACCACCACCAGCACCAACAAAGCAUCCGCCAACCGCGACACCCACUUCACCCAGAAGAUCCUCGACUACACAGGGGAUUGUAUCCGCCUCGCUACUGCGCCGAGGGAACUCUUCGAGCGCGUCCAUCUCGUCUUUUAUCGCUCGACGGAAUGGACGGAGAAAUCCCUCACCACUAUCAUCCUGGCGAAGAUCUCGCGGAGGAAUUUCCCGGAGUAUGUCGUUUGUCGGUCGAGCUCGAUUUCCCCGUCGAGGGCUUUUCUGCUGGAAUUUGAGUCUGCGUUGCGGACGCAGUUUGAUAUAGAUCAUAUUCUGGAGUUCAGUGGUACGCCGACGGUGGAAUUGUUAACCCAAGUCCGGGAUCAUGCUUAUAAAGUGUAUCCCCGGUGGAAGAAGCUCUGCCAGCAAGAGCAGCAAAAGGAAGAUAGUGUCUAUGAGUGUGGGGAGGGGGCUUACUUACGACGCUUCUCGCCUGCGUGGGUCUACACGCGGAUUAUCCACAAGGGACUUUACCCGCUAGGCAGGUUCAAGGAGUAUAAAGAGGAGCAUCGGCUUCUGUGUGAGUUACUGGGUCAGCGACUGUUCCAUGCUGCGCGGCGGGGGUCGUGGUAUCAGCGGAAAGCACUCCUGGAGGAACACUAUAUGUGGAAUCUGAUGUCGUGGGAAGGACGCAGCGAGGACGCGCAACGGAAACAUUGGAGACGGAUUGCGUUGCAGACGUGUGAGGAGGGUCUUCAGGAUCCGGAUUGCCAUUUGAUUUACCAUUAUGAUUUGCAGAAGCGGAUUAUGAAGCUUGAGAGGGCGCUUAAGGUGGUUAAACGGGAGCAGCAUGAUUUUAGUCAUGUUAUGUUGGCUAGGCCGGAGGAACGGACGGUCGAGGGUAUUCGUAUUGAGCGUGAGGAUACGCUUGCGCAGGAGGAUAUGUCUAGACGGGGGAGAGCGACUGUUUGGGUUGAUGAAAGGGAUGGUGGGGAGUGUCGGGUGGAAAGUAUGUGUUUGAGUUGGUAUCGGGAUCAGGGAUGGAAGGGAUAUCAUUCUGAGGGAGGGAUUGUUCGGACUCUGUUCGGCUAUCUCUUCUACGACAUCCUCUUCACCUACGUCCCGAAUGUUUUUCAGACGCCUUUCCAAACCUGUCCCUUAGAUCUCCAUACGGACUCUUUCUACGCUACUCGCGCCUCGGAGAUCAAUCAUCGUCUGGUGGAGAUCACCAACGGCGAGUCUGAACGUAUCCUCCGUGCUGUUCACGCUCGUGAAGCACCUCGCCAGCCCUGUGCUAUCGGCAUCGAUUGGACCUUUGAGCUGGAUGACCUCGUCGACAUCGUGAGGUGCUUCCGCGGCGAGGCCCUCGCGGCCAUCUGCAAGGUCCUGGCGCAGGAGUAUCAGCAGCGUGGGGGUGGGAUUCCGGAUCUGUUUCUGUGGCGGGUGGAGAGUCGGGAGGUGAUGUUUGUCGAGGUGAAGAGUGAGAAUGAUCGCUUGAGUGAUACACAGCGAUUGUGGAUUCAUGUUCUUGGGGGUGCUGGGGUGAGGGUUGAGCUUUGUAAUGCGGUUGCUAGGGAGGUGAGAUAUGUAUAG